AUGGACUAAUAAAAGGUGGAUCAAUUAGAAAUCAUCAAGCAACCUUCAUUAUUGAAAAAUAAAUCUCACCUGGAGUUACCCAAAGAUGUCAAAGGCGUUAAUCCUAUGUACAAAUCAACCCCAGCCAGCGGCUUUGGUCGUUUGAGUCUACUUCAGAAGAAAAUAGAUCCAAUUGCUCAGGCAAAGAAGGAAAUCACAAUGAAUCAAGUGGAUGGCGUGUACUGCAGCAUGAUCUACUGUAGUCUGUGUAAGGAGAUCUAUCAUGAUAGAAACAUGGCUCUUAACCUGCCAGGAUGCUUGCAUACCAUGUGCUAAUACUGUCUUAGAUCUCAGAUCAUGAGACAAAUGCAGGACCUUGACAAAGGUAAGGCUAAGGAUAAAGACUUUACUAUUGACUGCAUCAUCUGCGGCCAUGUAUAUCAGUUCAGUUCUCUUAAGGACAUAGCUACUAGUAUAAGACCAAACUAUGACUUGCUCUUACUUGUUUAUAAGCAUAGACCUAUCUUGGCUAAAAAGGCCUGCAAAGUCUAUCAAUUGCCUGAAAGUGACAGUCAGAGUAUCUUUGUUCUGCAAGUAACCAAAGUAGACAUCAACGAAGAAAAGAUCUUGCAAGAAUAAAAAUUGCAGUAACGCAUAAAUUAUGUCUAUUUCCAGCAGCAGAAUCAGUAGAAAAUGUUUGCUAAGAUAAGAGAAGAAAUGGUAUGCUUCAAAUGCUACCAGGUCUUUGAAGAAAACGCACGUAUACCAAUUGUCAUGGACAGAUGCUCGCACAAGUUAUGCAAGCAAUGCCACUUGAAGUAUUACAAGGACCAGGAGGCGCUGAAGAUAUUCUGUGUAUUUUGUGGCGAGGAUAGACAAGCCAAAUAUCUCAAUGAGGCCAUGAUAAAAUGGAUUAUCCUUCAGUGUAAAAAGAAGAAACUUAUUCUAAAACGGGAGGUAGAAGCAAUUGAAAGAGAACACGGCGACUAUAAUAACAGCAAUACUCAUAGAGAAUAGGAAGAGCCCAAAUUUAUCAAUGAGCCAAUGAUUCUAUUUCAGAAGGAGCCUAGCAAGUAAUAGUCAGAUUCUAACCAUCUUCUAGAGUCACCAGUUAUAUUUAAUAGAGCUGCUACUAGAUCUAAUAUUCAAAGGCAAAAAUCAUAGGCAGAGGAGGAGAAAACUGAGGGAAGUAAUCUUGUAAAGACCAAAACACAAAAUCGAAGAACUACACUUAGACAGUUUAUUCUAGCUCCAUCUGAGUAGACUGAACUGUUAUGCCCUCAAUGUAGUGAAAUGUACUGCAAGAUAAACAGACCCAUUAUGAUUAUGAAAUGUCCUUGUUUAAAAGUUCACUAACUCUGUGAAUAUUGCUUUAAGAAUACUUACUUGGUUCAAUCCCGCAAGGACAGAACUAAAUUCAAGAUAAAAUGCCUAUCUACUGAGCUUAAACAAGAACUGAAUAGCUAUAAUAUAGCUACAAAGCAGUAGUUGUUUGAUUACUAUUUAAACCCAAGGAAAAGAGGAGUGUUUAAAAUCAAUCAAAAUCUACUUAAUAAGAUAUACGAGAAGAAAUAUUAUUUGAAUGCUCUCUAAGCAGAGUAGCGAUUUGCUAGGAAGCAUGGCAUCGACUUAGAAUUUGAUGCUGACGAUAAUGACUAAGAGGAUGAUCUGAAUCAGAGAGAGAAUGAAGGUGCUGUUGAUCAUCAAUAGAUACAAGUGAGAGUUAAAGAACUCAAAGAGGAGGAUGUUAAGCAUGGAUAACAAUCUCUAUUAGACUAAAGAGUAGGAGGAAAUUUGUAGGACUUUGAUAACUAGAGAAUGUGCUGCUAUUGUCUUUAUGAUUUUGCCUAGCCUGGAAGACAACCAGGAAUGCUCUCUUGUGAUCAUAAUGUUUGCAUUGAGUGUAUGUUUGGAAUCUAUCAGAAUUAUAAAGGAAUCAAUCUAGACUAAUAGAAUAUAGAAGAUCAUAAAAUUGAUGGAAAGCAGGCUGCUUAAAGUUUAAAUUUGGAGAUAAUAGUUGAGAAUACUGACCGAAUUAACCAGUAAAAAAGAGAAUUGACUGUGGAGUGUAGACAUUGCAAUCAGAAGACAGUCUUCGCUAUUUUAAAUAUCUAUGAUUAAAAUGAGAUAGUGGUAGAGGAACAGGAGGAAAAUGAUGCUAAUGCAAGGUAGUAGAAAGAGUUUAUGGAGUUCUGGAAGUAUAAUGUUACAGUUAAUGCAGCUCUUUUAUCAAUUUUACAAAGACUAAAGCAUCUUAUUGAUGGCGAAGAUAUGCCAUUCCAGCAGGUAAAUCAGGAAAUCAACAUGAGAAUGUCACAUAACUGGGAUGAAGCAUUAGAUGAAUAGCAACUUAAUGAUUUAAUAAAUCCAAAGACUGCUUAGUCUGCUUUGCAAGAUCAAUUUAUUUAUGAUAUCGAGUGUCCAAUCUGCAUGCUAUGCUAUUCUGAGGACAACCCGCCCAUAAAUUUGAUUUGUUCCGAGCAUAAGGAAUAUCCCUUUGUUCUGUGUAAGAACGAUAUGAUGUACUAUGCUCUCAAGGCAGGAAGUGACAAGGAUAUGACUAUCAGCUGCCCAAUCUGCAGAAACACGAUAUCUUACCAGUCUAAAGGUAAAUCUGAGUCUUAGAUUAUGGCAAUGUUUGAGAUUAACAAAGGGCUGUUGGACUAGAUUUAGCAUGAUCAAAAGAUGAUUGACUAUAUAAAUAAGGAAGAGCAGCAACUGCUGAAAAAUAAAAUAUCAGCUUGA